AUGGAUGAGGAAGUGAGUGAUUGUGAGAGGGCGGCGAAGAGUACGACGGUGUUGUCUAUGGUAACGAUAGGUUCGACGGCGGUGGUGGCGGUGGUGGGAGAGGAGGAGGUGGUGGUUGUGACUUGCGGCGAUUCGAGAGUUGUGAUGGAGGAGGUGUUGCAAUAUCUCUGUCUAAUGAUCAUAAGUUUUAAGAAAAAUGAAAGAACACUAAUUUACGUAGUUGAGCACGUUGUCCGUAUGCUCACGAACCCAAAUCCUGAUAGACGUGAUGAGUUGGAGAGAAUCAAAGGUGCUGGUGGAAGGUUAUAA